AAAACCCUUUCUCCGUUCCAGUCCAUAUCGCAGCUAAAGAAGUCGGUUAGUAUGGCAGAACAAGCAAUAACGCAAGGCGCUAUCCGGAGUAUUUUCGAGCCCGGAGGCUGCAUUGUAGCAUGUCCUGUCAUGCAAUGCGUGCAGAUCAAAGCUAUGGAGUCCAAGGCUGGAGAUGUCAAUCCUCAGCAACGUUUCCGUGUCGUACUGAGUGACAUCCGGAACUUCAUCCAGACCAUGCUUGCAACCGCGGCCAACGAGGUCAUUACCGAUGGAAAGCUUAAGAAAGGCUCCAUCGUCAGAUUGUUGAAGUACAAUCCUCAGCAGGUGAAGGAGAAGAAGAUCUUAAUUCUCAUGGAAGUUGAGGUUCUUGAGCAGUACGGCGAGUUGGAAAAGAUCGGAACUCCCGAUGCGCUUGAUAUAAAAGAUGAGAAGCCCCAACCUUCAGCUAUCUCCGGUGGUGGAUUCUACGGAAGCAAACCACCACAGCCUCCCCAAAAGCAGCAGGUGUCCCUUCCCGUCCAUAAUAGCAACCCCGGAACGGCUGCUCACCCGCAUCUCUAUCCUAUCGAAUCUCUCUCUCCAUACACUCAUAAAUGGACAAUCCGGGCGCGAUGCACUCACAAGGGAGAGAUCAAGACAUGGCACAACACAAAAGGAGAAGGAAAGCUGUUUAGUGUGAACUUGCUAGACGAUACUGGAGAGAUCCGGGCCACUGGCUUCAACGAUGCCUGCGAUAGGCUGUAUGACCUGUUUCAGGAAGGAACGGUUUACUACAUAUCCGCUCCAUGCAGAGUGACGCUUGCGAAGAAGCAGUUCUCUAAUCUAGCAAACGACUACGAACUGCAUUUCGAGAGGGACACGGAAGUUGAAAAGGCUGAAGAUCAAGAUAAUGCCCCCCAAAUCCGGUACAACUUCACGAAAAUUGGCGAUCUUGGCUCUGUAGAAAAAGACAGUACUAUCGACACUAUUGGGGUGUUGAAGGAAGUUGGCGAGAUAAGCACGAUUACCUCGAAAAACACCAACAAGGAUUUCAGUAAACGGGACCUUACGCUUGCUGACGACACUCAAACAUCAAUCCGGUUAACAAUAUGGGGUACUACCGCGCAAUCUUUUGAUUCCCCCCUUGAAUCCAUCAUUGCAUUCAAGGGUGUGAAAGUCUCUGACUUUGGAGGCAAGAGUUUGAGCCUUCUCAGCUCAGGUUCGAUAUCCGUGGACCCCGAUAUCGAUGACGCACACAAACUGAGAGGAUGGUACAAUGCGGCUGGUCAAAAUGCUCAAUUCGCUACGCAUCAAAGUCUGUCGAGCAACGUAGGCGGUGGCGCAAGAAAUGAUGGCAAACUCAUCUCUCAAAUAGUUGAGGAAGAGAGUUAUCUAAACGAUACACCGUCAUAUUUCAACCUCAAAGCCUCCGUCGUCUUUGUCAAGAACACCGUGGUGGCGUAUCCGGCUUGCUCAACAUCAAACUGCAACAAGAAGGUGAUCGAAGAGAACCCAAACGAAUGGUGGUGCGAGAAAUGCCAGCGAAAGUGGCCAAAACCUGAAUAUCGAUAUGUUCUCAGCGUCAACGUUGCUGACCAUACUGGUCAGCUUUGGUUGAGCUGCUUCGAUGACGCUGGACGAAUAAUUGUUGGUAUGCCUGGAAAUGAUUUGAUGGACAUGAAAGAUCAGGAUGACAACAAUGGAACCCAACUUUACAAAGAUGCGCUGCAGGAAGCUACCUGCAAGACGUUCAAUUUCAGGGUUAGGGCGAAGAUGGAGACCUAUCAAGAUCAACCCAAGCCCCGCUAUCAGGUUCAGAGUAUCUCUACCCUCAACUAUGCCCAGGAGUGCCAUAAGCUGUCCCAGCUCCUGAAGCAGUACGACCUAAACGAGUCCGACAGCUUGUUCGUUCAGUAGGAUGAUUCAUAUGAUCGUCCUUUGCUCACCAAUGAAGGUCUCCCUCUGCCUAAGAUGAAGCCUUCAUGCUUUACGGGAUUCCGGGUGUACACUUUCAGCUUUUGGGUUUCUUACACGGUUCAAGUUGGGAUGCUCAUAGGACAUGUAUGACAAGGAUAAAUAGCAUCUUGCUGAAAGGGAUGCAGGUCAGCAUAGCAGGGUAGAAGGCCGGGCAUAUUGGACCUUUGUACCGUCUAUCUUCUGCUCAGUUAUGUCUUUGCAUCCAGCUUCAAGAUAGUGUCCAGGUUUGUCAGUCCAAUC